GCAAUCGGCAGUAGUGAAAUUCACCGGUUGAAUUGACGAUUGAACUACAAAACAAACGAAGGAGCAAACAGCAGACAAUGCAGAAACCCCGCAAAAGGAAGCAGCCCGAGUAUCGCCAGCGGCCCCAGCCUCGAACCAAACCAUCCAUACCCUCCAUUUCCCUCGGCAAACCCCCCAACGACCCGUAUCCGACCCACCCUCGACCCACCCCAGAAGAAUGCCGAGCCGUACGGGACGAUCUGUUGGCUUUCCAUGGCUUCCCCCAAGAGUUUGCCAAGUACCGCAGACAACAACCAAAUUCUUCUCUCGAUCAGGCUAAUGGUUUUCUGAAAUCAGAGCUCUUAGAUGGGGAUGCCAAGGAGACAGUUUUGGACGGUUUGGUUAAAACUGUCCUCUCCCAGAACACUACGGAAGUUAAUUCUGAGAGGGCUUUUGAGUCUCUCAAGUCUGCUUUUCCCACUUGGGAAGAUGUCCUUGCUGCUGAAUCCAAAUGUAUAGAGAAUUCCAUAAGAAGUGGAGGUCUGGCGCCGACCAAGGCAUCCUGCAUUAAAAAUAUACUGAGUUGCUUGCUUGAGAAAAAAGGCAAAUUAUGCUUGGAGUACUUGCGAGACUUGUCGGUUGAUGAAAUUAAGGCUGAGCUCUCCCAAUUCAAAGGGAUUGGCCCCAAAACGGUGGCUUGUGUUUUGAUGUUCCAUCUUCAGCAAGAUGAUUUUCCAGUGGACACACAUGUAUUUGAGAUUGCGAAGGCCAUUAGUUGGGUACCAGCUGUGGCUGAUAGGAAUAAGACAUAUCUUCAUCUCAAUAAAUGGAUCCCAAAUGAACUCAAGUUUGAUCUGAACUGUCUUCUGUAUACACAUGGUAAGCUCUGCCGCAGAUGCACCAAGAAAGUGGAUAAGCAGCAAACAAAGGAAUCCCAGGAUAACCCCUGUCCUCUAUUAAAGUACUGCAAUAACUCUUAGUAUGAAACCAAGUAACAAGUUCAAUCCAAGGUUUUUAAUCUGAAGCCCCUGCUCGAUCCUAAUCUACUGUUUUGAGAGUUUUGUAUCCAAAAGGAUUUUCCAGACUCAGGGGCGUUGAAGGCUCACGAAUGCCCAUAAGAAAAGGCUAAAGAAGAAGAAUGUGGCUUCAUGCAAAAGAUCAAUUGGAGGCGCUCGAAAGUCGCGACACACGAGUCACGGUUGCUUAAUUUUUCAUGGUUCUUGGUCAUGGUUUAUUUUCAUGUUUUCUACCAGAGGUUACACAAUACAAGGAUCUCCAAGGGGGGCGUAAGUUCCUUGGGUGGAGACCAAAACUUCCACCGCGGUGCAUCUCAUGUUAUCAAAGCUCAUAUAACUCCGGCUUGUUUAAACAAGAAAGCUGAGGCACAUUAAUAGAAACAUUUUCGAGUUUUUCUUCAAA